CAUGAUUGUAGAUUUUACAUCCUUCCUGGACUGUCAUUUUAAUUGCAUGCAUGGGAGGUUGUUUUGGAUGCUGUGCUAAACCUUCUACAAUUAACGCGGUUGAUCAAUCAUCAAAGGGACUGAGAAUUAAAGACGAAAGAGCAAAGCAACACAGCAUACCCGACGAUUUUUGGAGUUCCAGUGCAGGUGACAUGGACUAUAGUGGAGUACAAUCCCAAAGAAGUGCUUCAUCAAUCAGCGCCUUGAAUCAGCCCUUUGAUCCCUCUGCUAAUGCUGGCAGCACAAGCAAUCCUUCUGAAUUUGUAAACUAUGGUCUUCUUCUCUGGAAGCAAACAAGGCAGCAGUGGCUUGCAAAUAAAAGGUCUCCAAACAAGAAACAAGUUCGAGAACCCACUAUAAGGUGGAAUGCCACUUAUGAGAACUUACUAGGGUCAAACAAGCCUUUCCCCAGACCUAUCCCUCUUGCUGAAAUGGUGGAUUUUCUGGUUGAUGUUUGGGAACAGGAGGGUUUGUAUGACUGAACAGCUGGAAAUCCUACAAGUCCUCUAUCCUUCCUCCAGUGUCUCAACUCUCAUUCAGUCUUUUGGUACUGAAUAGAGUUUAUACUAAUGUUUAAUUAUUUGUACUAUCCUGGUGAUUCUAUAGCCUUUCUUUACCUCCUUUUAGGUCUUUUGCAUGAGCGGAAAAUUGUAACUCUUUCUUUUACCCUUUUUCUGUAUGCUUGCUGUUCUAUCUGAAUACUAAUAUUUGCCUGAAUAGAGUUGCUUAGCAAGUUAUCAACUUA